AUGAAAAGAAGCGAAAGAUCGACAAAGCGUGAUCCAUCUUAUUGGGAGUAUGUUGAUGCUUAUCAUUCGGUUCAAAACAGCAACACCUCAGUCAGACCCAGUGCAUCAUCUUUUGCACCACCGAAGCCAGCAAGGAUGAUCCCCAUGUUGGAUCAAUUUCCGCCAUUUAUGCAUGGUUUCAUUGAGGAUGUUGUUGAUGUGAAAGCGGAUGGUAAUUGUGGAUAUCAGUCAGUUUCCGCUUUGUUAGGUAUGAGAGAAGAGUGUUGGGCCAUGAUGUGUAAUGAAUUGAUUAAAGAACUUGGCAAAUGGUCGCAAGACUACAUAAAGAUCUUUGGUGGCACGGAGAGAUAUGAACAACUGAGGUUAUCCCUACACGUGGAUGGGUUAUCCAAGGUUAGUAUGGACAAAUGGAUGGAUAUAACGGAUAUGAGAUAUGUAAUUGCGUCAAGAUAUAAUGUAAUCCUUGUAUCAUUGUCAUGA